GAAUUUUUGAUAAAGAAGAAAUAUGGUGGUAGUUUGAAUCAGAUUGAAUCAGCUUAAUUAAUAAAACUAUACAGAAAGAUAAGAGAAGAAUAUAUUUUUAUAUAGAUAAAAAUUUUAACUAAUUGAAAAAUGCUUUCGGUAUGCACAAGUUUAUAUUUAACCAUCGUAAUUCUUUGGGUUGUAGAAUUUGUAAGAGUUCUUUACAAAUAUCUACGAAGUGCUUCAAUUGUAGUUAACUCACGUUUGCAACACCAGAGGAAAACAGUUAAACAUUAUUCACAAGCGCCAGGGCCAAUUCCUUUACCAGUUAUUGGCAGUCUUUAUAUACUAAGGAAAUACAAAGUUCCUUUUCAGUGUUUUACUGAUCUUGCAAAGAAAUAUGGAGACGUGUACUCAUUGAGUUUAGGCGCUUCGCGUUGUUUAAUUGUCAAUAAUUUGGAUUUAAUACGAGAAGUUUUAAAUCAGAAUGGAAAGUUUUUUGGUGGAAGGCCUAAUUUUUUACGAUAUCAUAAAUUGUUUGGAGGGGAUAGAAACCACUCACUUGCACUGUGCGACUGGUCACAUCUUCAGCAAAAAAGACGUAAUCUUGCAAGACGAUAUUGUUCACCACGGGAUUCAUCAUCAUAUUUCACUAAAAUGUCUGAGAUUGGGUGUUUAGAAACUGCUGAAUUCAUUAGAAAACUUGAUGAAGUUCUAAUACAAGAAGAGGCAUUCGAAAUAAAACCGCUAAUUCAACAAACUUGUGCUAAUAUGUUCACCAACUAUAUGUGUUCGUUGCGAUUCGAUUAUGAAGAUAAGGAAUUUCAAAAAAUAGUUGAAUAUUUCGAUGAAAUAUUUUGGGAAAUAAAUCAAGGUUAUGCUGUUGACUUUUUACCCUGGCUGGCUCCGUUUUAUAAAAUGCAUUUUAAUAAAAUAAUGGCUUGGUCUUCUACAAUACGUACAUUUAUUUUAAAGCGCAUCAUAAAUAAUAGAGAACAAAAUUUAGAUACUGAUGAACCAGAAAAUGAUUUUACAGAUGCUUUGUUGAAAAGUUUAGCUGAAGAUAAAUAUGUGUCACGUGAUACCAUAAUAUAUAUGUUGGAAGAUUUUAUUGGUGGACAUUCGGCGGUUGGCAAUUUAGUUAUGCUAGCUCUGGCAUAUAUUGUGAUGUAUCCUCAUGUAGGAGCAAAAAUUCAAGCUGAAGCUGAUCACGUAUCCCUUAAAGGAAAUCGUACAAUAAGUUUACUUGACAUAGAUAAUAUGCCAUACACCUUAGCAACGAUAUUUGAAGUAUUACGCUAUUCUUCAUCACCAAUUGUACCACAUGUCGCCACUGAAGACUGUGUUAUAUCUGGAUAUGGCGUAACUGCUGGUACAAUUGUUUUCAUAAAUAAUUAUAAUUUAAAUACAAAUACCAAUUAUUGGAAGAACCCAAAUUUUUUCUAUCCAGAAAGGUUUUUAGAAAAGUUACCACAGUCAACAAAACUAGUUACUGGAAAUAAUGAAAGACGUAACUCCGAAUCAUCGGAUUCGGGUGUUGAAAAUGACAAAGAAUCCAAAACUAAAAACAUGUGCACUUCCCAGUUAUAUACUUGUAAAGUAUGUAAUAAAGACCCUCACGUAAAUCAAAUUAAAGUCAAAAUGAAUAUUCCACAAUUUUUACCCUUCAGCAUUGGAAAGCGAACGUGUGUUGGUAAAAACCUAGUCCGUGGUUUUGGUUUUAUUUUAUUAUCUAAUAUAUUGCUAAACUAUAAUGUGAGUAGCAGUGAUUUAUCAUCAAUAAAAAUCACUCCAGCAUGUGUUGCUGUUCCUACAAAAUCAUUUUCCUUAGUAUUUACAAAGCGUUCCAUAAGUAAAUCAUAAAAUUUUUAUUAAAAUCGGUGGUCAAAUAAUCGACAAGAUAUUUCUAAUUAUUCAUCACAAAUUCAAAUUCAACAUUUUCAAAUAACUUAUUUAUCUAUUUGUAAAAAUACAGAAAUAUAUGUAAUGUUUUUAAAAGACUGAAUAAAUAUAGUUGUAAAUUUU